UUGUUUGUUUUCUUAUCACCCUCUCUAUCUCUAUUUUCUUCAUUUUUUCUCUGGUAAGAAAAUAAUACACUAGGGUCAAAGUCACAAUGUUCACUUUUUGAUGUUGGAUGUGUGGAUUUUUUUAUUUAAGGAAUUUUUGGACCCAUCGAGUUUACAAUUGUUAUCCUCUGUAAAGAAAAUAAUUAAUUUAUGUGCUAAGCUUCACGGGGAAUUUCAAUUUUACUGUCCACAAUUUUUUAUCAUAUCAGAAUUGAGUAGUUAUUUGGCGCUACACAAUUUGAAAAAAAUCAAGCCUGGAAUUUUUCAAUUUAGAAACUAAUUUUUUUAAUCAAGAAAUAAGCGAAAAUGUCGACGUGGCUAACUAAUUUCCUAAAUUGUCGUUUUUUUUUGUCUUGAAAUCCCCUUUUCAAUAUAAUUUCUAAUAAUUAUUUAUUUUUCAGCCUCAUCAAUAUAAAAAUGAGAAUCUUAGUCGGUGUGAAACGUGUUGUUGACUAUGCUGUCAAAAUUCGCGUCAAACCAGACAAAACUGGCGUAAUUACCGAAGGUGUUCAACAUUCAAUGAAUCCAUUCGAUGAAAUUGCAUUGGAAGAAGCUGUCAAACUAAAGGAAAAGAAAUUGGCCACCGAAGUUGUUGCAUUCUCUUUCGGAGGACCAAAAUCCGCUGAAGUUUUGAGAACUGCUUUGGCUAAGGGAGCCGAUAAAGCAAUUCAUGUAACUGUUAGCGAUGCGGAAGCGGCUAAGGCUGAACCAUUGCAUGUUGCGCAAGCUUUGCAAAAAAUUGUUGAGCAGGAGAAGUUUGAUGCAGUUUUUGUUGGAAAACAAGCUAUUGAUGACGAUGCUUCACAGGUUGGUUUUUAAAAUUUUUACUUGAAUAAUAAAUGAAAUUUUGUGCAAGAACCUAGCAAAAACCAGCCAAAAAUUGUUUGAAUUGCCUGAAAAUUCGAAUUUCCUCCUAAUUUUUUUGAACAUUGAGGAAAAUGGUCUGAAAGGUUAAAUUCAAAUUCUAUAGCAGAAAAUUCUUCGAAAAAUCCCAACAUAUUUCCAGACAGCCCCACUUUUGGCGGGACUUUUGGAUUGGCCUCAAGCUUUGUAUGCAUCGAAAGUUGAAGACGGAGGAGCUGGAAGUUUGAAAGUUACCAGAGAAAUUGACGGAGGAUUGGAUACUAUUAAGGUAAUUUUUUGAAGGGAAAAUUGAGAAAUUAUGGAUUUUGAUAAGGAUAAUUGAAAAAAAACACGAGAGUUUGGUCUAAAAACCACCAUAGAUUUCUGUAAUAUCUAAUAAUAACAGAAAUAAAAUUUUGGCAAUAGGUGAGGUGUGCCACGUGGAAUUUUUUAAUUGAAAAUUCGGAAUUUUUCUAAAAGACACCGAACAAUUAAAAUUUGUUGUAAUGGAAUGCCAUAUAUGGGGGUACGCAUCUCAAAAAAUCUCGAUUUUUGUCAGAAUCAAAAUUUUUCGACCAUUUGAAAAAAUAUUGAAUAGUGGUCUGAAUCGUCCGAUUUUUUCCGAAAAUUUGCAUAUUGUUUAUAAGUGAAAAAUUCUCAAAUAACCAAAAAAAUUAUCUCAAAUAUUUUGAAAAAAAUCUGUUUUCGAAAAAAAAUUUAUUGACAAUAAUGUACAAAAAAGAUCGAAUUUUCUGGGGUUUUGUGACUUUUUCUUGCAUCCGAGUGUAAAAUCCUUCGUUCAUCUUUUGCGGAGUUGGGAGCAUAUUCCAAAAUAUUCAACUUGGCUGUAAAAACAUUUUGUUCAUGUUUUAUUUUUUAUAUUUUUCAUUGUUUUUAAACUAUUUGUUGCAACUAUCUUGUGAGGGACUUUUGACAAAGAAACUCAAGAGCUAAAAAGAAUUCACGUAUUUUCUACUAUUUAAUAAAAAUUCCGCGUGAGAGAUACAUGAUGUAAAAUUUUGAUGAUCUGUUCAAAGGCAAAAAAAAAAGAAUUUACGUUUUUUUUUCUUUAAAAAAAUAGUUUCGCGUGUAAGAUACAUGAUGUACAAUUUUGUGAGCAAUUUUUGGCUUUCGAAAUUUUUUUCGAAAAAUUACUUGAUUUUUGCCAGAAAGAGCUUCCAAAACCAAGAAAGAAAACGAAUUAUUUUUCAAACACUUGUAAAUUUAUUAGUUACUUGCAAAUGAAUGAGAUUCUAUAUUCUGUGAUAGGGAAUUAAACCACGUCCUAUUUUCUAAAGAAAAUGUAGCCUAGGACCUGAAAAAAGCAGAUCACUUUGUUUCAUUGGAUCCGAUUCAAAAUCACUUAAUUAUUAUUUGUUUCACACCUUUCAUAAUUCCGUGACUAUUUCUUCGAUGGCUUUGAAGUUGAGAGACUGAUUGUAAGUUUUGCAUUCACUGAAAACAGAUUGAACUUUUUCGUUCACACUUUUAGUAUUAAAAAACCAACCAUGAAAUCAUCUUAUUUUUCUGGCGCAAUUCAUUGAAAAACAAAAAAUGAAUAUUCCAAGCUGGUUUCACGUCACGUAAUGAAAUUAAUAAAACCAUUUUCUUUUUUUAAUGAAGAAAACAAAAAGAAAUAAAAUUUUGAUGAGUAAAAAUAAUUUAAAACGUGACCACUCUCAUGACACGUAUUCUUUUAUCAUUUCGUGUUUCUAAAUUGAGCGAUCGUCGUUUUAGAAGAAUGCAGUUAUUUUUCAUCAUUCUACCUCUAAUUAUUAUCAAUUGUCUUGAAUCAAAAAUUUCAGAGGUGAGGAUUUUGAAUGUUCUAGCGAUCCAGAAAUAAUAAUGUUUUUCGUCAGAAUAUACCAGUUUUGACUUUCAAAUAUAACAAAAGUGCUCCGUGAUCUCUAGAAAAAAUAGAAAAAACUCGUAAAAGAUGGACAGACCAUCUUACAUAACCAGCAUAUAAAUUCCCCAUACCGGCAAAACGAAAUUUAUAUACUUUCAUACUGAUCAAUUAGUUAUAAUGGUUAAUAGAAUCUCAUUCAUUUGCAAGUAACUAAUAAAUUUACAAGUGUUUGAAAAAUAAUUCGUUUUCUUUCUUGGUUUUGGAAGCUCUUUCUGGCAAAAAUCAAGUAAUUUUUCGAAAAAAUUUCGAAAGCCAAAAAUUGCUCACAAAAUUGUACAUCAUGUAUCUUACACGCGAAACUAUUUUUUUAAAGAAAAAAAAACGUAAAUUCUUUUUUUUUUUGCCUUUGAACAGAUCAUCAAAAUUUUACAUCAUGUAUCUCUCACGCGGAAUUUUUAUUAAAUAGUAGAAAAUACGUGAAUUCUUUUUAGCUCUUGAGUUUCUUUGUCAAAAGUCCCUCACAAGAUAGUUGCAACAAAUAGUUUAAAAACAAUGAAAAAUAUAAAAAAUAAAACAUGAACAAAAUGUUUUUACAGCCAAGUUGAAUAUUUUGGAAUAUGCUCCCAACUCCGCAAAAGAUGAACGAAGGAUUUUACACUCGGAUGCAAGAAAAAGUCACAAAACCCCAGAAAAUUCGAUCUUUUUUGUACAUUAUUGUCAAUAAAUUUUUUUUCGAAAACAGAUUUUUUUCAAAAUAUUUGAGAUAAUUUUUUUGGUUAUUUGAGAAUUUUUCACUUAUAAACAAUAUGCAAAUUUUCGGAAAAAAUCGGACGAUUCAGACAAAAUUUUUCUUCUUGCACAAUAAUCGUACAUUUUUUUCCAUUUUUAAAAUGACUCUGAAAACCAUCAGAAAAUUAUUGUUUCUGACAAAAAUCGACAUUUUUUGAGAUGCGCACCCCCAUAUAUGGAGUUUUUGACGCUAAUGUUUUUUCUCAAUUAUUUUUUCCAGUCGCGAAAUGUUAUCAGAAAUGACCAAAAGGCAAUGAAAUUUCAACCAAAUAACUCAAAAAGUCUAAUUUUUCACUCGAAAACUUUGAAAUUUUGCAGGUCAAACUCCCAGCUGUUUUAUCAGCCGAUUUGCGGUUAAACGAACCACGCUACGCAACAUUGCCAAAUAUCAUGAAGGCCAAAAAGAAACCACUCAAAGCAAUUGCAGCAAAAGAACUCGGAAUCGAUUUGACACCACAAACAAGCGUUUUGGAAGUUGCUGAACCGGCGCAAAGAAAAGCUGGUGGAUUUGUCGCUGAUGUUUCGGAAUUGAUUGCUAAAUUGAAGGAAAAGGGAUUGGUCAAGGCUUAA